UUCAGUCUCUUCUGUGCCAGUUUCCUAUUGCGGAAUCAUGUCUGGACGUGGGAAGCAGGGAGGUAAAGCUCGCGCCAAGGCUAAGACCCGCUCCUCGCGAGCCGGGCUCCAGUUCCCGGUGGGCCGAGUGCACCGCCUGCUCCGCAAGGGCAACUAUGCCGAGCGGGUUGGAGCUGGGGCGCCGGUGUACUUGGCGGCGGUGCUGGAGUACCUGACGGCCGAGAUCCUGGAGCUGGCUGGCAACGCGGCCCGCGAUAACAAGAAGACGCGCAUCAUUCCGCGGCACUUGCAGCUGGCCAUCCGCAACGACGAGGAGCUCAACAAGCUGCUGGGCAAAGUCACCAUCGCUCAGGGCGGCGUCCUGCCCAACAUCCAGGCGGUGCUGCUGCCCAAGAAGACCGAGAGCCACCACAAAGCCAAGGGCAAGUAAGGUUUCCGUAGCAAAGCCUUCUAAACCAAAGGCUCUUUUCAGAGCCACCUAC